AUGGCUACAGAGAACAUUCGCCAGCAACACCAGGAGCUGACCAGCGGUAUCACUCUGGACAUUGUGGGCGCCAGUCCCGAUGGACGCACAGCAGUGGAUGGAACUCAAGCUGACCCUAAAUCUACCAGAGGGCAGUGGUCAAGCCGACUGGACUAUAUCAUGUCCAUGAUAGGCUACUGUGUUGGGUUUGGGAAUUUGUGGAGAUUUCCAUACAUCUGCAACAGGAAUGGCGGAGGUGCUUUCCUGAUUCCAUUCAUAAUAUUCCUCAUCAUCACGGGUCUCCCGAUGUUCUACCUUGAAGCAGCUCUGGGACAGUUCUCUGGGAAAGGGGCGGUCCAAGUGUGGAACUUCUGCCCUCUCCUCAAAGGUAUUGGCAUUGGUUGUAUAGUUCAGGUCGCCAUCUGUCUGCCCUACUACAACAUCCUGCUGGCGUGGCCCAUCUACUACCUGGUGAGAUCCUGCACCACCGUACUGCCCUGGACAACGUGUGGCAACUGGUGGAACACGGACCUUUGUGUAGAGGACAUCUCCCUUCUCAGAAACAUGUCCACGAACUCCUCUGCCGUCAAUGGCACCGACACCAACACUGCCGCACUGUGGAGGAACACUACCUUGGCUCACACGGCUGUGGAGGAGUUCUAUCAGUCAAUAGUGUACGUGACUGCCCUGCUGCCCUACAUUCUCCUGACCACCAUCCUGAUUAGAUGUCUGAUGCUGCCCGGCUCUUCUGAUGGCAUCGCGUAUUACAUGAAACCUGAUUUCAGAAGACUGCUCGACAUUCAGGUGUGGAAAGAAGCUUGUCUUCAGGUGUUUUACAACCUGGGCCCUGGAUGGGGCAUCGUAGUGACAACAUCCAGCUACAACAAGUUCACUGAACCCACGUUACGCGACAGCAUUAUUCUGUGCGUUGCAUCGGAGGGCACGAGCAUAUUUGCUGGCUUUGUCACCUUCUCUAUCCUGGGAGUGAUGGCCGAGAGAGUCGGUGUGUCAGUCACGGAGGUCGUGUCAUCAGGUGGGGCAAUCCGUGAUGCAA